AUGGGUCAAGCUCAUGCCAAGUCGGCGGUUCACAUCAUCGACAAAAAAAAGAAUGAAACACAGAGGGAAGAUCCCACAUCCGAUGGCCUGUCGCUCGUCACCUCAAGGGCUGCAGAGCGCAGCGGCAGGCUAAACAUUACUGGACGGUAUCAUCGACCACCGAAGAAGUUUGAAGAUGAUUACAGCAGCUUAGACAAGGUCCUGGGGACAGGUUACAAUGGAGAGGUGAAGUUGGCAACGUGCAUACACUCGGGCGAGAAGUUUGCGGUGAAGGCGUUCAAACUGCGUGGCGUGAGCAAGGACAAGCGGAAGGAACUGGAGAGUGAAGCUGAAAUCUUCCUCGCCAUGGAUCAUCCGCACGUUGCGUCUCUGGUGGACGUGUACGAGUCUGAUGAGCAGCUGUUUUUGGUCAUGGAGUGCAUGGAAGGCGGUGAGCUCUUUGACCGUGUGGUCGAACGCAAGCGGUUCUCCGAAAAGGAUGCAGCAAAAGCCGUGUACCAGAUGCUUCUGGCGGUGAACUAUAUCCAUAGCCAUGAUGUUGUUCAUCGCGACAUCAAGCUGGAGAAUUUUCUUUAUGAAACCAAAGAUUCCGAUCACUUGAAAUUGAUUGACUUUGGCUUCAGCAAGAUAUGGCAGCCGAAUACGACAAUGGCGGUUAGUUGCGGAACGUUGGCCUACGUGGCGCCUGAGGUGCUCGAAAAGUCCUACACGUCGCAAUGUGACCUUUGGAGCCUGGGCGUCGUAUCGUUUGUCCUCCUUUUCGGCUACAUGCCUUUCUCUGGAGCAGAAGCCAAGCAAAUCCGUGACAUCAAGGAUGGCCACUUCUCAAAGAAGCAGGCAGUAUGGAACAAGGUCUCCGCCGAAGCGAAGGACUUUGUUCAGAAGCUUCUGGUGGUGGAUCCCGAGACCCGCUUAACCGCGGCAAAGGCUCUGAAUCAUCGCUGGCUUCAGACUCGCGAGCAAAGAGCCAACGUAAUCGACCAAUCAAUGAUCGAAGACCUGUGCAACUUUGCCAAGGUGUCCGUUUUCCGCAGAGCUUGCUUGGGCGUGAUGGCAUGGUCACUCAGCGUGGAAGAGCGCAGCAAGGUCCGCGAUGCUUUCUUGGAAAUAGACAAGGAUCGCAGUGGAACCAUAACAAUCAACGAGUUCAAGAUUGCAGUGGAAAAGAAUGUCCAGAUGGACGACGCAACGCUGGAGAAUGCUUUCAGAGCUUUGGAUGCCAACCACAAGGACGAAGUGAACUACCGGGAGUUCCUUGCUGCCAUGGUGUCUUCAAGGAUAGCACUCCACGACGAUCUUCUGAAGGUGGCGUUCCGUCGCUUUGAUACCGACAGCUCUGGCUUCAUUACUGUGGAAAAUCUCAAGGAGGUUUUGGGGGAGACCUUUGAAGGCAAUGAGGUGCAAACACUGCUGAACGAGGCUGAUCUCAAACAUGACGGGAAAAUAUCGUACGAGGAGUGGAUCGAGUAUCUACGGGGUGGCUAUGGAGACGUGAAGCAACAUCAUGCGGACGCUGCAGCUCUGUGA